AUGCUUUGAUUACACAAAGCCCUUUGCCAGAUUGGGCCAGUGUCCAGGGCCCUGGCUCCUCAUCUCACUCGGGCUUAUGCCAAAGAUGUAAAAUUUGGUGCAGAUGCCCGAGCCUUAGUGCUUCAAGGUGUGGACCUUUUAGCCGAUGCUGUAGCCGUUACCAUGGGGCCAAAGGGAAGAACAGCAAUUAUUGAACAGAGCUGGGGAAGUCCUAAAGUAACAAAAGAUGGUGUGACCGUUGCAAAGUCUAUUGACUUAAAAGAUAAAUAUAAAAAUAUUGGCCCUAAACUUGUUCAAGACGUCGCCAAUAGUACAAAUGAAGAGUCUGGGGGUGGCACCACAGCUGCUACGGUACUGGCUAUUGCCAAAGAAGGCUUUGCGAAGAUCAGCAAAGGUGCUAAUCCCGUGGAAAUCAGGAGAGGUGUGAUGUUAGCUGUUGAUGCUGCAAUUUCUGAACUCAAGAAACAGUCUAAACCUGUGACAACCCCUGAAGAAAUAGCUCAGGUUGCUACAAUUUCUGCAAAUGGAGACAAAGAAAUUGGCAACAUAAUUUCGGAUGCAAUGAAAAAGGUUGGAAGAAAGGGCGUCAUCACAGUAAAGGAUGGAAAAACACUGAAUGAUGAAUUAGAAAUUAUUGAAGGCACGAAGUUUGAUCGAGGUUAUAUUUCUCCAUACUUUGUUAAUAAAGCAAAAGGUCAGGAAUGUGAAUUCCAAGAUGCCUAUGUUCUAUUGAGUAAAAAGAAAAUUUCCAGUGUUCAGUCCAUUGAACCUGCUCUUGAAAUUGCCAAUGCUCACCGUAAGCCCUUGGUCAUAAUUGCUGAAGAUGUUGAUGGAGAAGCUCUAAGUACACUUGUUUUGAAUAGGCUAAAAGUUGGUCUUCAGGUUGCAGCAGUUAAAGCUCCUGGUUUUGGUGACAAUAGAAAGAACCAGCUUAAAGACAUGGCUAUUGCUGCUGGUGGUGCAUUGUUUGGAGAAGGAUUGACUCUAAAUAUUGAAGAUGUUCAGCCUCAUGAUUUAGGAAAAGUUGGAGAAGUCAUUGUGACCAAAGAUGAUGCCAUGCUCUUGAAAGGAAAAGGCGACAAGACUCAAAUUGAAAAACGUAUUCAAGAAAUCAUUGAGCAGUUAGAUAUCACAACUAGUGAAUAUGAAAAGGAAAAACUAAAUGAACGGCUGGCAAAGCUCUCAGAUGGAGUAGCUGUGCUGAAGUUUGGUGGAACAAGUGAUGCUGAAGUGAAUGAAAAGAAAGACAGAGUAACGGAUGCCCUCAAUGCUACCAGAGCUGCAGUUGAGGAAGGCAUUGCUCUGGGCGGGGGCUGUGCCUUGCUUCGGUGCAUUCCAGCCGUGGACUCAUUAACUCCAGCUAAUGAAGGUCAAAAAAAUGGUAUAGAAAUUACUUAAAAAGCACUCAAAAUUCCUGCAAUGACCAUUGCUAAGAAAGCAGGUGUUGAGGGAUUAUUGAUAGUUGAGAAAAUCAUGCAAAGCUCUUCAGAAGUUGGUUAUGAUGCUAUGCUUGGAGAUUUUGUGAAUGUGGUAGAAAAAGGAAUCAUUGAUUCAACUAAGGUUGUAAGAACUGCUUUAUUGGAUGCUGCUGGAGUAGCCUCUCUGUUAACAACAGCAGUCAUAGUCACAGAAAUUCCUGAAGAGGAGAAAGACCCUGGAAUGGGUGGGAUGGGUGGAAUGGGAGGUGGCAUGGGUGGUGGUAUGUUCUAAUCCUAGAACGGUGCUUUACCAUCAUUAAUGAGAACCUGAGAGGAAGCUCAAGGCAGUCUUCCUCACCUAUAACUUCAGAGA